AUGGAUACGCAGUGUCAGAACGCCCCAGUCGCUCAACAUGGCUCGUCCGACGAAGAUGAACUCUCGGCAACGGAGGUGGAACCUUUGGGAGAAGCUACACCACUAGGCAAAGCGACCUUGUCAGAAUCUGUGAUGAGCGAGGAGAGCUCCAUCUUCAACGCCCUAAGGACAGACUCUGGCACUGAAGACCUCGGCUCGAAGUUUGGCUCAGCAUGUCAAUCUCGUGGCAACUUGGAUAGCAGGAUAGUUGCCAAUAUGGCCAUGUUUGUGCCCCUUGCGCCAGAAGCAAUGGUCCCUUCCCAGCGGGCGAACCGUGAGCCAAAAUACUGCCCAGAACAAACCACUCAACCCCCUGGUUGGCAUCCUCAGUUAUCCUUGGACAACCGUGUGCUAUCUACAGAUGAAGGGAAGGCGGUUGUAGCCUCACCUCCAGACGAAUCGUUGAAGCAGAACCUGCUCGACGCGUUGCACCUUAGGAAGGCAGUUAGUCUCAACGAUGCAGAUGAUACUUCGAGAACGUUCAAGUGGCCCGGUAGUCUUGACUCGCCGGUCAGCCCUGCACUUCCCACUUAUCCUCCACCAGUAAGAGCGCCCACGCCCCCUGGGCUUCCUUCAUUCGGGACUCGAGAAGCUGUCUACUAUACUGCUCAGUUCCCCGUCCGCUCUGCUACCACCAGUGGGCGAGCGCAGCAGUCCAGUACAAGCCCGCCUAGGCGUGCGGGCAGGCGUGUUGCUGAUGGCUCUAGAACUGCAUCCUACGGGGGGAUGCUACGGCGGCUACUCAGCUUCUCAUCGUCUCCCCCGCCACAGCCUAGGCGACAGACAUAUACCGUGGCAAGAGCCGAAGAUGGUACUGCGGUUCAAGGCCGCUUCCCUUAUAGACAGAGUGGUCAUGGGAUGAAUUUGGCUAGGCGAUUGGAAGACCAUCCAUUUCACCGAACUGCCAUUUCAGCUACUUGCGAAGAUGGUUUAGAGAUUGAUAGCAGUGCUACACAAGACGGACAAAUCAACAGAGGGCUCCCAGACACGAAACAAGAUCAGGCCGACAGCAUUGAUUCUGUAAACACAGGCACAGGCAGUCGCAUGCAGAGACAUCGCCCGCAGAUAGGCCUAAAUAGCUUAUUACCGUUGCCUCACCCAGUUCUCGCAAACCCUUCUCAACGGCCGGCCUCGGCAAAUGGUUCUCUUCCUACAUGUAGGGUUGACUCAUUUUACACCUGUGCUUCUCGUUCGCAAAUGCCUGGCAUACCCAGGCACAUGGGAAGCCUCGAUGCCCAAGGCACUGAGAUCGUGGGAGAUUCUGCGGCAUGCUACCUUGCGCCCACGGAGUCACCACCCGUCUUUACGGCACAGGAAGAAAGUGAGUCCACCAACAUUAACUCGGGUCCUUGGCUACGAUCGCUGCGUGGCGUCAGUUUUUGGUUGUCCUGCUGCAUGGGGGCUCGUGAUGAGCAAAACGCCGCCAUUCACUCCAACACGACUUCCAAUGACACAUACGCCACCGCGAGGAGCCACCUUUCAUCUAAUGCAGCUGAACACUCGCACCCCAAUGCCCCUCGAGAUCACGCACAGAGCCUACAAAAGUGGUUCUCUGGAGCUUGGAGGUCGCUCCAAACGUUUCCUUUUCGCAGCUCUCCAGCCACAAGCCCGAUGUCGGCCUGA